UCACCAUUUCAUCAAUACAAGUGUGUACUUUAAGUGUUCUCUCUCUACGUACAUUUUGUGACCAAACAAGUAAUCAGUCAAAAGAUGGAAGGCAAAACUGUGAUUUUAGGUGUGAUCAUAAUGAGUCUUGUCAUGGCGCAGAAUCAAGUCGAAGCAAAGAUUUGUUGCCCCAGAACCAUUGACAGAAACAUAUAUAAUGCAUGCCGUCUUACUGGAGCCUCUAUGACAAAUUGUGCAAACCUCAGUGGAUGCAAAAUCGUUUCUGGGACGACAUGUCCUCCGGGAUAUACACAUGACAUUCUCGAAAACUAUGGUGAUGCUGUCAAUGAAUACUGCAAGUUGGGGUGUGCAUCCUCUGUGUGCGGUGCCUUAACCACUCUCAAGAACUCCGAUGCAAGUGAAAUUGUGAAAGGAGCGGUUUCACAAUGCACCAACGCAUGUUCUAAUUUCUGCACCAAGGGCUCAGCUAAAGCAGUUGAAACUGCCUAACAAGCAUAUCCGCUAUCUAUGUAUUAAUUGUAUGUGUUGUUGUUUUACAUGUUUUCAAUAAUUGUCGUGUAUGUGACAAAUUGCUAGACUCUUUUGCUAUUUCCAAGUUAUCUAUGUGACGUAGAAGGUCAUCGAUCCCUAGAUUGUUUA